AUGACAGGAGUCUGGAGCUUCUCGGCUAGUCUACGAUUCAAUCGGACACACAAGACAGUAGCGGUCGGGGCCUCCUCGUUCCGUUCCCCUAGAGUCAUAUUGCCUUCGUUGUGGGAUACCAUUACAUCUUCGCUCAAAUCAUUCUCCACCAUUCCGCAAAGAGCCGCGCUGGAGAAGCCACGGGCCUUGCCAACGAGUGGCUACACCACUGUCGAUGCCGAUACGCUGGUGGAAGAGGAGGAAUUGCCUGAUUAUCAAGCCGACCGGUUUUAUCCCGUUCAACUAGGCGAGCUCUUUCAAGAUCGCUAUCAAUUUGUGGCAAAGCUGAGGUUUUUAUGCGUCCAUAUCUCGCUUCGUUAUCGGGAAAUGCCUGUUUACGACCGUAUCAAUAGCCGUAUGGCCGAAAUAUCAUACAGACGGCGAGGAAUAAACAACAUUCGAAAGUUGCUGGACUCUUUCGAGGUGACUGGUCUGCAUGGCAAGCAUGCUGUUCUCGUCUUCGAGCCCGCGCAGAUGAGUUUGCGUGAUAUGAGAUUUGUUUUUCGUCGAGAAGGGUUCGAGGAGGAAUUUGUCAAGAGCGCCAUUAUUGAGCUUCUCAAGGCCCUGGACUUUUUGCAUGCCCACGGAGAGACUGUUCAUACUGACGUACACUCCGGCAACAUGCUGCUUGGCCUUUACGACAAUAAUCUCCUGCGUCGACUGGAAGACAAGGAGAUUGCGUCCCCUGUUACGCGAAAGAUCUAUCCCGAUCGAACUAUCUAUCUGUCACGGUUAACACUACCGAAGGAAGGACCCAUGCUUCUCUCUGACUUUGGAGAAGCGAGAAUCGGAGCGGGCCCUCACGCAGGCGAUAUAAUGCCAUUGGAGUACCGGGCGCCUGAAACACUGCUUUAUGUGGGAUGGAGCUACCCGGUUGAUAUAUGGAGUGUUGGGCUUACAGCAUGGGACAUGCUUGGAUCGAAAAGACUCUUCACUGCGCGUGACGAAGACGGCGAUCUGUACGAUGCCGCUCAUCUGGCCCAGCUGAUUGCUGCACUGGGCCCACCGCCCCCUGAGUUCCUAGCCAGGAACCCGGAGAGACGGGCGGACUUUUGGAAUGAUCGGAACGAGUGGCUGGUUCUGGCACCUAUACCGCAUGACCGGACAAUCGAAUCCCUGGAAACAAAACUGGUUGAUAACUCGGGCUUUCUUCGCUUCCUUCGGAAGACUCUUACUUGGGAACUGGAGAAGAGGGCGACGGCUAAGGAGCUUUUGGAGGAUCCUUGGCUCAUGGCGAGGGAGGGUUGAGUGAGUUUGCAAAAUUCCUGCGCUACCUUAUAUUUAUCACACUGUCCCGGUGGUGGUAGAAUAAUAAUACACCACGCCCAAGUCGCGGGUUCUCCGCCCGGUCUCUUUAUAUCAGUCGUCCCUUGCACUAUAAAUGCUCUAGACUAAUCCCUUCUUCCUUUUACAGUACCAUAUAGCCACGUACAGAUAGACGAGAGGACAGAUAAUCGACCUUGCUAUCAGAUCUCCCUCUUCUGCGCAU